AUGUCAGGCAGGCGUUUACUCGACGCCUUACAAUUCCUAAAUGUCUCCAAGACAAUUGCUGCAAAGCAUUUAGCGAUUCGACAACAUCAACUCGAUGUCUAUACGCGGACCUCAUCCCUAACCAAGGGCAUCAAGGCCCAGACGGAAGGGUUGAUCCUGACCGCUCAAGCCGCCGCCGCUCUCGCCCGCCGAUUUGACGACGCACCUCCGCCGAGCUCGGCAAACUCGCCCCCGGCCGCCGACAGGGCCACUGCAACAUCGCCACCCCCCGAUCAGGCGCGCAAACUGCAACGUCAGGCUGAAUCUCAGAUUCCUGCGGAUGUCGCCCAGUAUACCGGCAAGGAGAACUCCGAUGCAUUGAAUGUGAGCCAGCAACAGGAUGUCUUUUACGAGCCGUUCACCCAAUCCGGGCCGGAUUUGUCGAGCUUGCCGAGAGUCAAGCUCCCCAAGGUCGCCGGCGACGCUCAAGUGGGUAAUAGUGAGUUAAAUGCGGAUGUCUUCACCUCGCCGGUGCCGAACAAGCCGGCACCCGAGGAGGAGAUGUCAGAGGAGAUGAUACAGGGUCUCUUCCACAGUCCGCGAGUAUCGCGGAUGAUCGCAGGAAAGCCACCACCAAAGAGGGAUUGGAAGCUAGCACCGAAGCCUGAACAGUCAGGUGUCGAUGUCGCCAAGCCCAUCUUGCCGACACCUGUGAAAUCCGAGACCGAGCAAAUGGAAGAGCUGGCCGCCAGCGUCGCAGAGGACGUGGUGCCGAGCACGGAUACCGUCGAGGUCAAGGCCAAACCAUACCAGAUGCUGGAGUCACGCGUGCCGUCUUCCCGGCUCGGCCGACUCUGGCAGUACAGUGGUCUGGCGACCUCGAUGGCAUUUGGUGCGGUCGGCGAAGGCCUGCGCCGCGCCACUGGCAGUCAGGAUAGUGGCUCGCUCAUGUUUAGUGCCGGUAACAUGGAACGCAUGGUCGCCAAGCUAUCCAAGAUGCGCGGGGCAGCUUUGAAGCUCGGCCAAAUGCUCAGUAUCCAAGACUCAAAUAUGCUCCCCGAGCCAAUCCAGCAAGUCCUGCAGCGGGUCCAGGAUCGCGCGGACUACAUGCCCGCCUGGCAGCGUGACCAGGUCCUAGUCGAAAACCUUGGACCAAACUGGCGUGACCUCUACACGUCAUUCAAUGAGGUUCCGAUGGCGGCUGCCUCUAUCGGGCAGGUCCACUCUGCUGUUCUGAAGAGCACCGGCAAGCCCGUCGCUGUCAAAAUUCAGUACCCGGGUGUCGCAGACUCCAUUGACAGCGACCUCAACAACCUCUCCAUUCUCUUGACGGCCUCCCGCCUCCUGCCCAAGGGUCUUUUCCUGGACAAGACCAUCGCCAAUGCCCGGACGGAACUAGGCUGGGAAUGUGACUAUGUCCGCGAGGCCGAAGGCGCCAACUACUUCCGAACUCUUCUCGCCGACGACCCGGUCUUCGUUGUCCCCGAAAUCAUCGACCACGCCUCCGGCAAGCAAGUCCUGACAAUGGAAAUGCUCGAAGGCAUAACCGUCACCCGCAUCGCCGACUUCACCCAAGCUCAGCGUGACUGGAUCGGCACUCACAUCAUGCGACUGUGUCUCCGCGAAAUUACCGAAUUCCACUACAUGCAAACAGACCCCAACUGGACUAACUUCCUCUACAACGCCCAGACCCACAAACUGGAGCUUCUGGACUUUGGCGCCUCCCGCGCCUACCCAGAGGAAUUCAUCACCACGUACGUGCGCACCCUCAUCGCCGCCACCCAGAACAACCGCCAGAAAUGCCACGACCUGUCCAUUGAACUGGGGUACCUUACCGGCAUGGAAAGCCAGGCAAUGUCCGAUGCACACGUCUCAUCUGUCACCACCCUCGCGGAACCAUUCAUGCUGUCCUCGCCUGAUCUCUACGAUUUCAGCAAUCAGACCAUCACCGACCGCGUGCGUGAGCUGAUCCCGAUCAUGAUCCGGGAGCGGUUGGCCCCACCACCCGAGGAGACUUAUAGUCUCCACCGCAAAUUGAGUGGUGCGUUCCUGCUGUGUGCCCGACUUGGCAGCCGGGUCCCUUGCAAGCAAUUGUUCAUCGACGCUGUCGAUGCAGCAGAGAAGCGAGGCUUGAAACUGUAA